GGGGUGAAGGCCAUGGACGUCAACCAGCCCAAGCAGGAGCAUUUGCUGGCUCUGAAAGGACGAGAGGACACAGUGUUAAACCGGGUCAGGGGAGGCUUAGGCGGUGCGUUAGGAGGGAUUCCUUCGCAGGAAGGGUGAUCAGACACUGGCAUGGGCUGCCCAGGGAGGUAGUGGAGUCACCGUCCCGGAAAGUAUUUAAGGAACAUGGACGUGGCACUUGAUGCCGUGGUCUAUUUGACAAGGUCCUGUUUUCCACUGAUCUAUGCAUCAUGAGGCAAGGAAAUUCUUGUAAAUAAGAUGUUUCAGUCUAGAUACAAGAAUCAUUAUCAAGAGACUGUUUUCCUAAGAAUCACUGGAUUCCUACUGUUCGAGCAUGGAAGUGGUCUUGCACUAUCGACCACAUCAGAGAGAUCUAAUAAAACUGCAGAAAUUUGCAGAAGCAGCAGUGAAGGAGUUUCCCAUUCGCCAAUUACCAAGAUUUGCACCCUGGUUUCCAAAUGAUUUACGCAGACUUCCCCUCAAACCAAAAAAGCAGGCACCUGUUAUUUCUUGUGAGGAAGUGGAAGAAUUGAAACAGCUUUCUACACCUUCAGAAUAUGUUACAGGAUCUCCUGAUUAUGACUGCACAAAAAAUCUCUUUGAGUUUCACUCUAUCAUGAAACAUGGUCCAACUUUAAUCCAAGCACAGGCUGUUCACAGACCAAUUAACUUGGACUGUCAAGGAGAACCACCACCUAACGGAAAACAGAAAUUGAAAAGGUCUUGGAGUGUCUCUCUCCCUAGAGCUAAACUCAGAGAAAAGAUUCAUCCUUUAUCUCAAGAACUGCAGAAUAAUUUGGAAAGACUAAAGCUGCAUGCAUUUUGUAGAGCCAAGUGGACAAUUGAACAGUCUCUUUGUAAAAAUCAGAAUUUGGAGGACAUAUGGGUAAAAUUGAAUAGACUCAUUAAACAGAAUGAAUUGCCAUCUUGCAAUGCUACUAUCCAAAGAUCUGUGGGACAGAUAUGGAUUUUCUGUGAUAUAUUAUACUGUGAAUAUGUUAGAAAUAUUCUCAGGGAAAAGCUUAGCCUUACAGAUAAAAUGAAUUUGCUUGUACAUAAAUAUGGAAUUAUAUUUAGUUUAUAACUUCAGAUGUAAUUUAAUAAUAACAUUACUGUCAGAAAUACUAAAGUUUUUAAACACUUUAGAAUAUGUAGACCUUAGAACAACUGAUAAAUUAACAGUAAGAAAACUACUUAUGUUACUUUGCUAUGAUUUUCUAACUAUAAUGAUAUAUUUCUUUAACUUUGUUUUGCCUCAAGACUUAGACUUCUGUUAAGAUUAGUAAGUUUCUGUUUGUCUUAGUACUGUGUUUUAUAGCUUUUCUCUACCUUGGUGGUCUAAAGGAAAAAAUUAAAGUAAGAAUUCCAGACUAUUCCAAGCUAUAUCAGAUAAUAAAAUUAAUGCUUUAAAUUAAGCAAAGUAUGUCCUCUCUGCUUCAUUGGAAUUAGGAGAAGGAAAGAUGUUUUUAAAUUGUUGUAAUAAUUGCUAUAAUAGCUGUAAGUGACAUUAAGAUUUUCAAGAUCUGAUUAUCUCCUGAAAGCAGUCUGUGAGUUUUUUUAAUGAUGGCAUAUCCCUCCCAUGAAAUACAAACUUACUUUAUGUGGGAUAUAUGCACUCUCUUAGUAAUGUUUGCUAUAUUUUCACAGAAGUAUUAAUGAUAGCUUCAGUGGAAGUUGUGGGCUGAAAAAUAACUAACAACUUAAUAAUUGCUGCUUUAUGCCUUUGAUAAUUUCUUUUCCUGAUGUUUCUGGUUUUUUGUCUCUAAUUAUAUUUGGGAACAAGAAAACACUAGCUUCCAGGUAAAAGUGAGGAAAUUAAGAAAUGAGACAUCUAUCUGAAACCUCUUUUGUCUUUGAGAAUUUGAAUACCUUUUAUGGUCAUAAAAGGCAGAGUUCAGGAUGACUUUUUGUCUUCUAAAAGAAUGAAGUGUUCCAAGGUCAUGCUGUCCCUGCUCAGUUGAAACUUUGGAGGGUCAGUAGAGAAGUUAAACUGGGAUCAAUAUGACUGCAAGGUUAUGCAUUUGAACUCCUACUAAUUCUAGAUAGUUUUGAUGUAGCUGGAGGUCAAGGUUUGUAGCAUCUGGAAAAGGAGGAAAACAGCAUUUGUAGAUUAUUACAUUAUCAUUAUUGCCACUCACACCAAAGUAUGUAUAAGCGUAACAGGGAUCCCUCUGUAAAAAAAAAAAUGAAUCCCCCUCAGACUUAACAUUCUUAUAACAUCCUGGUGUUGGAUACCUAUAUUUUAUUGUAGGCAUUACAAUUUUUUAAGAUAAAAAUUUCUCCAUUUGAGUCACUGACAUAUAUUUUUAAACUUUGACUGAAUUUUAAGACAUUUAUAUAUGUCUUAUAUUUGAGAUGUUUGUGACAUUUAAUAUGACUGCUUAGCAAAAUUGAUGCAAAAUUCUCUCUAGACUGCAUUUUAACUGCAGUAUUGAGGGUUGUUAUUAGGUUUAAAGCCUAUAUAGUCAAUUUUUUUGCUGACAUUAUAUUUCUGAGCUCAACAUUAAGAGUAACUAAACUUCUUUGUGCAUCAGCAUUUUUGAAGAUAAAAUGAAAUAAAAUGCAGUGUGAUUUGAGUUCUAUUUAAUGUAUUUUGUAUCUAGGAUCUUGGAAGAGAUGAUACAUUUCCUAACAAUAAUUUAGUACUUCUAAUAAAUGUGAUAAUAUAUCUAUCUAGUUUGUUUUGACUUCAUUCUGUGAUGUAUUUAUUUAUUUUCUGAAACAUGACUUAACUUUUUCUUUAGAAACAGCAAAUACUAGUUAUACAGGCAUAGUGUGAAUUUGAAUAAAAUUUGAUAAUGCAAA